AUGAGCCCUGUCUGGCAACAGAAGAAACUAAUAGAUUUUUGCAAGGCAAAUGGAAUUGUUGUCACUGCUUUCUCUCCAUUGGGAGCAAAAGUGACUAGUUGGGGCACCAACCAUGUUAUGGAGAAUGAAGUUCUCAUGGAGAUUGCAAAAGCAAGGGGGAAGACUGUUGCUCAGGUUUGUCUUAGAUGGAUAUAUGAGCAAGGGGUGACUCCUGUGAUGAAGAGCUACAACAAGGAGAGGUUGAAGGAGAAUCUGCAGAUCUUUGACUGGGAACUAUCAGAGGAUGACAGUAAGAAGAUCAGUGAAAUCAAGCAGCACCGGAUGAUGCUCAAGGAGGAACUUAUUUCAGCUCGUGGACCCUACAAGUCCAUUGAAGAGCUUUGGGAUGGAGAGCUCUGA